AUGCAUUUGAUUGGAGCUCAGUUCUUUUACCAAUGGAAUAUCUGUUCAUUGCAGGGCUUUGCCAUUCUCUUCUGCUUCGUGCUCAAGGCGGAGAGUCAACUGCGUGGACCGCCAUUCCUGAGCAGCAACGGCAGCAGCCAGAGCAGCUCGCUGAAGCAGACCAAGUUCAACACGAGCAAGACCAGCCUGGACGACAACUACUGCACGACGACGACGGCCAGCAUAAAUAGUCCACUGAGCUUCUAUAUGAACCAUGACAAGGAGAAGGAGAGCGAGUGCCUGGCCCCAUCAGCAGCAGCAGCAGCAGCAGGAGGAGGCACAGCAGCCGUAGUCAUCGCAGCUGGGCCGAGCGGAGCGGGCGCCGCGCCGCUGCAACAGAAGCAGGGCCUGGAGCUGUCAACGACAGCCGCCGGGGCUGUGCAGCUGCCGUUGACAAUCAUCUCGACGGCGCCGCGCUGCCAGGCGGCCAUUGUAAGCAGCACGGCAGAGACGCUGCUCGGCGGGCAUCAGCAGCUGCCGCUGACGGUGGCCGCCUCGCCAGCCACGCGCUGCUGUGCUCUGCUAGGGGGCGGCGGCGGAGCUGGCGCUGGCAUUGAGGCGCCCAGUGGGCUGGGCUAUGCGUACGACGCCUACACAAUGGGCGGCCUCACGGGCAGCCUGGGCAGGCGCAUGCUGCACCACCAUCAGCCACACUAUGCCACGGGGCCAUGCGACGAAUUCGUGGGCGUCGAGACGCUGGACAUACUACAGGGAUUGGCAGCAGACAGCAUCAUUGGCAUACACACGGCCACGCCCCCUCAGUAUGUGCCGCUGCAGCACAAUCCGUACGUGGACUUUGUGCCCAGCCCCCUGCUGCUCAGCAUGCAGGCGGGGCCCGGGCCGGGGCCACCCACCAUCAGCGGGAAUCUGAGUGGAGCCGGCGCCCUCCUGUCCAGCAGCACGCUGCCCACGCCCAAGACGCAGAAGCGCGUGACCAUACUGGAGCCAACGUCGCGCACCACCUUCGAUCCCAUGCUGCCCACCAUGGUGGCCGCGGUGGUGUCCACCACAACCACCACGGCCACCAGCACAGUAUCCGUGACGCCGUCCACGCAGACCGCCGGAGUGGACAGCAGCAGCAAGGGCUCGGCCGGCGAUGCGACUCUGGAUCGCAUCAGCCACGAUCUGGACUACUUGCUGAACCGGGGCUGCCUGGAUGCGGAUGCGGCAACGCCGCCACCACCGCCGCCGCCCGCCGUGGUGGUCAAGAAGUGCGACGAGGCGCAGCAGAGCAGCCAGCUGUAAGGGCGCCCCGUAAACCCAUCAGUGUAAAUAGAGUAGUCGAACGAACUGUAAAUAGCCAACUAUUAGUGCUUAAAUGGAUAGCUCUAAUUUAUUUAUUUCAUAAUUAGUUUCUUUAGUUCUG